CCCAGAAUGAAUCAGCCUGAGGAAUUAAACUGGCUAGAAAUUAUCAGGAAAAAGAAAAGAAUACUUUAUGUUGUCUUUGCUGCCCAACUUAAUAUAUAGUGGGACCAGGCAAACCCCAGAAGUGCUGCAUGGUGGGCAAUGAGACUACAGGGAGGGGAAAGUGCUUCCUGUUGGAUUGACUUGGAUGUAGCCUGAAACUGCAGCUGAAGACCUCAGAUGAUAGAUGCAGCUGUGUUGAACAGCUUUUUAUGAAGUGCCAAACAAGAACACUCUCCUUGUAUUCAAGUCCCAGAGUCCACUGCAGCAAGAAAGAACUGCCAGCAAAAACUCCUCAGCAAGUCUUGCUGCUUCAGGCUAAGGAGGUGAUCAAAGUAGAGUUACUCAGGGCGGGAUGUCAGAGCUGAGUGAUGAAGCCAGCGAGUCGGAGCUGCUGAGCCGCAGUCUUUCCAUGUGGCAUGGGGUUGGUCAGAUGAUCUGUCGGGAAGAGCUGGAUGUUCCCCUGGACUUGCAUACAGCCUCCUCUGUCGGCCAGUAUGAAGUGGUGCAGGAGUGUAUUCAGUGUGGAGAUCUGGAUUUAAAUAAGAGGAAUUGUGGUGGCUGGACUCCACUGAUGUAUGCCUCCUACAUUGGCCAUGACACCAUUGUGCACCUGCUGCUGGAAGCGGGAGUGAAUGUGAACAUCCCAACACCAGAAGGGCAGACGCCGCUCAUGCUGGCCUCCAGCUGUGGAAAUGAAAGUGUUGCUUACUUUCUUCUACAGCAAGGCGCAGAGCUGGAGAUGAAGGAUAUUCAUGGCUGGACUGCGUUAUUUCACUGCACCAGUGCCGGACAUCAGCAGAUGGUCAAGUUCUUACUGGACAAUGGGGCAAAUGCCAACUGCAAGGAGCCUGUGUACGGAUAUACACCUCUGAUGGAAGCAGCUGCUUCUGGCCAUGAGAUAAUUGUUCAGUACCUUCUCAAUCAUGGAGUGAAGGCAGAUGUCAGAGAUAACACUGGAGCUACAGCACGGACACUGGCCAUGAAGUAUGGACAUACAAAGAUUGUGGGACUGAUAGAUUUGCAUGCAGCCCCAGUGCCCAAGGUCUUCUGCAGGGGUCCAGGAAAAUAUGAAGAGCUGAGUUCCUCAGAUGAAUCAUAUUCUGCUCCCCAGAGACAGAGACCUGUUCGUAGGACCAAGGGUCCCAGCAUCCAUGACGGACCCCAAGCUUUGGCUAAGAUAACAGCAGUUGGAAUCGGGGGAAAGAAGCAGUCUCGCUAUGAGCAGGUCCCUCCUCAGGGCUAUGUUACCUUCAAUGAUGAUGGCAGCUGUGAAGCAGACAAUAUCCGGAAUCGGGAUGUUACCUCUCCAAUUAAUGAGCAGGAUGUGGAGAGCAGCAGCAGCAGGGAGGAUAACAUUUUUUUCACCAACAACUUGGCAACCGUCAGGAGCAGCAGCAGCAGCAGUGAAUGCCUGACCAAACCCCUGGGAGUCAGCAGUGAAGGCUCCUUGGAAAGCAAUGAGGAUUCUGACCAUGCAAACAGUCCCCCUAGUCGGAAACAAGCCAAGAGCUUUAAGAUCAAGAACCGCUACAGCAACAGUGAUAGCCAGUGGACCCACUGCCCAGGGAAAGCUGGGGGCUCUAGUCAGCACCUAAUCCUUCCUGAGCCUCCUGCCUAUACAGGGCCCCAGGACCUGGCAACAUUCCUUGAGCAGAUUGGGUGCCUGAAGUAUCUGCAAGUGUUUGAGGAGCAAGAUGUUGACCUCCGGAUCUUCCUGACCCUCACAGAGAGUGAUCUGAAGGAAAUAGGCAUCACUCUGUUUGGACCCAAGAGGAAGAUGACCUCUGCCAUUGCCCGAUGGCACAGCAAUGCUCGGCCGCCCAGUGAUGCCCUGGAGCUGGCCUACGCAGAUCGGCUGGAGGCUGAGAUGCAGGAAUUGGCCAUUCAGCUGCACAAGAGGUGUGAAGAGGUGGAGGUGAUGAAGGGCCAGGUGUGCCAGGAGCAGAAGCUGCGUGCAGUGGCUGAGAGCUGUUUGAUGGAGCGGGAUGAGACCUGGAAUGCCAUACAGUGCCAGCUCAAAGAGGCUCAGGCCAUCACCAAGGAUGCUGGAGUCCUGCUGGAUCAGAUCAAAUCCUGUCAAGCAGAGCUGUCCUCCCGGCUAACCCAAGAGCAGGCAGUCAGCAGAGUGCUGGACACAAAGGUGCAGCUGGGAACUGGUGAGAGCAGGCGGCCUGGUGAGCGUCCAGUACUGGAAGGAUGGCCACCUUCCUUGAAGUCUCUGAGCUUGCCUGAGCUGUCAGCUGUCCUAGAGGAGUGUGUAGGAGAAAUGGGAAAAGCUCUGCAGACUGUGACUCAAAACCUCCAAAGGCUCCAAGCCCCAGGCCAGAGAGGGCAGAGCUGGCUAGAGCCGUAACAAAGCAGGAGGGAAUACUGACGUCGGGUGACUGUUCCACCCGGAAGCUGAGUGUGCCUGAGAGAAUGAGCGCGAGGGUCGUGCUGGCAGCACUGCAGCUCUGCUGAGGGUGCUGCAGCAGCUGGUGGAUGUGUGGAAGAAGGUCUCAGCCAUCAGAGAACAUGCCUGGGAGAACGAGGGGCAGCAGAAGACAACCCAGCAGCUCUUUGGGCCUGACUGUUGUCUGGGUUCCCAGGAUCAUUGUUGUUCAUACCAAAACGUUAGGUUAAGAGGAGAAGCACUGAGCCCAGAAGUUUUAUCUGUCUUAAGCUUCCUGCAGCCCUUGUCAUUCAGGGCUGUGUGGUGUUAAAAGGUUGACAGUUACCCAAAGCUAUCAAUUAAUUAUCCUCUUCUGCAUCCCAUCCUCCCCAAGGCCUCUGACACUUACCCUGGCUGCUCCUAUGCCACGUGGAUCGGCACAGAAAAUGUAUCUGAGGCAGUAAGGAAGGUAGGUUUGUUGUGGAUGGGUAAAGUGAGUAGAGUUUGUAAUGUUUGGCUUAUUAAGCUGCAGCAAGUCUCAUGCAGCCCUAAUCUCUAGCUGGAAUGUCUGCUCUACUGCCAUCCCAGAUCUGUGCUUCAAAACCUUUCCUCCAACCAGCCCACCCUGGUUUGCUUCGGAUUCUUGCCCUCCUCAGGGGUUGUUUGUGAUCAUGUGAUUUAGUCCCAAAGAACUCGUUUUUGUGGUAAAUGCUUUAUGGCAGAGACUGUCGGUCUGGUUUGUCAGUGCCAAGAUCCCAACACUGACAGUGGUUGCAAAGCAGAUGUUCUCCUGGAAGGACAUAAGAGAGAACGAAGAGCUUGAGACUGUUCAUUCUUCUGUGCCUCUGGCAAGCAGCAGAGUGCCAAGGCAGGCAGAACAAGAACGGAGGGAUAGAUCUGUCCCACAUGGGAGAUGGGCAAAAGAAAUCACAUCCCAGACGUAGCUGCGGUGCAAAGCUUUGGUCCUCAACUGCUGCCUGCCUUUGAUUUCCAGGCUUUAGUGUUUAGGAACAGUUCUGCCAAGGCAUUCUCAUGUUGGCGGUGUGGGCGUUUUCAAAGGGCAGACAAGUGGUGCAGGAAGAGACCGCCUUUCCAGGAGACUGCUCCAUCUCUUGGAGCUGGGUGAGCAGCCACAAGGGCUCUGGUGGCAGUUACGUUGAUGUAAAAUGGUUUCUAGUGCCUCUCUGUUCCUGUGUAUUGCUGAGUCUUGUGGAGGGCAGGGAAACCAACAAUCAACAAAACCUGAAGUCUGUGAGAGAUGGCCUUGAUAAGUCUGGAAAAGUAUCUUUGGGAAGAGGAAGAAACUGUGUGUUCCUGCUGAUUUUUGGACCUUGAUCACAGAUGCCAAAAUACAAAAAUCCAUUCUGGCUCCA